ACCAGUUUCCGAGGCUCAUUAUUGUGUACGGAAAGUCCAGCAUCUGCAGCCUGCGAAAACCAUGAACCUGAGCCCGCCUGAACACAGCAUGCACAAGCCGAGCGACGGCUGCGUGGACGGCAGCAAAGCCGAGCACUUGCUCCCCUGCUACCGCAGAAGCAGAUACGACGAGCCUCUGGCGUCCUACCACAGCGGCUCCAUCAUAUCUCACCUCCUGCGGAAAACCAUUCACAAUAAACUGACCUCGCUGGACAACAGCCUCCUUUACCUGCCCUCCUCAAACGCCAGCGGGCUCGAUCCCGAGUCCAACAGCAUCGAUGAUUUUGCUCGAGAUGACCAGAGCUGCCUGUCCUUCAAAGACGAGGAUCUGUCUGUGAGCGAGCACCUCCAAGCCAAACGCGCCCGGGUGGAGAACAUCAUACGAGGCAUGGCUGCUUCGCCCAACGCCGACGGAGAAGCGGAGAGCGAGUGCGAAGCCGUCCGCUGUAGAAGAGACCUCCUGAAGGAGAACAAACGCAAGCAGAGGCUCCCCCAGCACCAGGAGCCCACUCAGUCCAACGCAAAGACCAGCAAAGACGAAGAGUGCCACAAACUCAAGGAGCAGCUCCAAAGCAUGCAGCGUCUCCUGCAUCAGCUCCAGGAGAAGAUCUCGCACGUGCACGACCAGAAUUACUCGGAGAGCGAGGAACGGGAAGAUGCGAGGUCAGAGCUCUCGAGUCUGAGGCUGGAUGGUGGAUACAAAGACCGAGUCAAAGUGGAACCCGGUGGUUUCGGCUCCGACAGGGCGAUGAAGAACCUCAAAGAGACUCUCAAGUGCGAGCUGACCAGGACUGUGAGCGAAAGCGUCGAUAUGGUCUUCAAGAAACUCUCCAUGACCUUACUAAAUCAGUCGCCGCACAGUCCGGAGUACUCGGAGAACGAGAAGCGAAUCCCAGAUGAUUCCCCUUCGGAGCUGUCAGACGAUGAAAUCGUCAAAGCCAGGUCUGCGGAGCACUUUGAGAGCCACGGCCCGGAGCACCAGACCGAAGCCUUGUCCCUAGUGGUCCGUAAACCUUCCCUGAGCCAGGCUGUGAAGAGACCUUUCCCGCUCCACCAGACGCCUUUCCAGUUCGGCUACAACGCUCCUCUGCACGACAGCCAGAUCCUGGAGCACCUGCUGAAGUACGGCCCUCACUCCACCUUCUCCGCAAUGCCUUGCCUGCCGGCGUCUCUGGAGCGGUCCUCGCCGGACUCCAUGGAGCAUCCGUGGGAAAGCGUGGCCAUGAGAUCCAAGCUGAGCUCGGGGCAUCUGGGUCAGCACCAUCGCGUCGGACCUCCUGGACUGGUGUCGGUGGACGCGCUCUGCCUUCCUCACGUCAAGAUGGAGUGUGGAGAUCUGCAGAGCAUGGCUGAGAGGAGCUCCUUCAUGUCGCUCAAUAUUCAGGAAGGUCUGACCCCAAACCAUCUGAAGAAAGCCAAGCUGAUGUUCUUCUACACACGCUACCCCAGCUCGAAUCUGCUCAAGAACUUUUUCCCUGAUGUCAAGUUCAAUCGCUGCAUCACGUCUCAGCUGAUCAAGUGGUUCAGUAACUUCAGAGAGUUCUACUACAUCCAGAUGGAGAAGUUCGCUCGUCAGGCCAUCAUAGACGGCGUUAAUGAUGUGAAAGACGUAUCCGUCACCAGAGAGUCCGAGCUCUUCCGCGUACUCAACAUGCACUACAACAAAGCCAACGACUUCCAGGUUCCAGACAGAUUUCUGGAGGUUGCUGAAAUCACUCUUCAUGAGUUCUACAGUGCCAUUUCCCUCUCCAAAGACUCGGACCCCUCUUGGAAAAAAGCCAUCUACAAGGUCAUCUGCAAACUAGACAGUGACGUUCCUGAGGAUUUCAAAUCACCUUCCUACCUGUAAGCAGAGAGCGCCACCUACAGGACGCUUUAUGUGUGGCCACACACACCGUUUAUUUAUCAUGAGUAUCAAUCAUAAAUAUUCCUUUUUAUAAGUGAAUUGUCAGCUUUAUAUAAAAAAAUCUAAAUAUAUAUUCUUAGUAUUUUGUUGUUGACUGAAAUGCGUGUGU